UGCGCAUGCGCAGGCAAGGAAGCGGAAGUAGGCAUCAUGUCGGUGGAGGAUCCGUUCUUCGUUGUGAAGGGGGAGGUCCAGAAGGCCCUGUCCCGUGCCCAUGGUCUGUACACCCGGUGGGAGGAACUACUGCAAGAUGGGACACAGGUCAGUCGGGACGAACUGGACUGGAGUGCCAACGAGCUACGGAAUUGUCUCAGAGCCAUAGACUGGGACCUGGAGGAUCUCAGUGAGACCAUCAGUAUUGUUGAAUCAAACCCAGGGAAGUUCAGACUUGGAGAUAAUGAACUUCAGGAGAGAAGAGACUUUGUCGAUCGAACCAGAAAAGCCGUCCAGGAGAUGAAGGAUCAGUUGUCCAGUCCUUCUGUUGUGGCUCAAGCAGAGAAGAAAAACAGACAGGCUCUGCUGCCCCCGUCGGCUCAGGACAGGUCAACGGGACUUGAAGCCCAUCUGGUGUCUGCGAACUCUAGGUACAUUCAGGAGCAGCAGGAGCAGCAGCAGCUCAUCAUGCAGGAUCAGGAUGAGCAGCUGGAGUUGGUGUCGGGCAGCAUCAGAGUUCUCAAGGACAUGUCGGGUCGUAUAGGAGACGAGCUUGACGAGCAGUCUAUUAUGUUGGGAGAUUUUGGAGAUGAGAUGGACCAAACCUCGUCUCGCAUGGACUCUGUCCUGAAGAAACUGGAGAAGGUGUCCCACAUGACCAGCAGUCGCAGGCAGUGGUGUGCCAUUGGCGUGCUGGUCGCCAUCCUGAUCGUCACCCUCAUUCUCUUCUUCGUCCUCUGAUGUCAGUGACCGCUCGCUGUCUCCACGACACUCACCCCCGCCUCCACUUGCACAGUCGGACUGAUGCUGGAGGACCUCCGUCACUCUCUCCGUCCCUUCUGUUAUUUUAACGCUGAGAAGAACCUGAUGAUCUGCAGGGAGACGUUUUGAUGAUUCCUCUCUCUGCGCUUUGGUAAUUCUGGCGGGGAAAUUUCAAAUCUGCUCGUAGGUGUGAGCAGCAGAAUUUCACCCCUGCUGGUUUUUUAAUUUUUAUUUUAUUUUUUUUCUUAAAGGUACAUUUGAGUGAUUGUUGGAAAUAUUCAUGCUGGAUGAGAAUUUAGCGUCAGGCUGAUGUUACUGAUGUUAAAGACACAUUAGAAAGCAAACAGAUUAUGAAGCUGAACGAUUCAGGAGAAACAACUCCUGCCGAUGAGCCAGACCCCCUGAACCCACCUUGCAGUAAAUAGUUCUAACCAGUCAAUUGCAAUGCAACAUCCAUUUACAAGAGCCCAGAAAUUCUGACGGUACUAAAAUGCAGCCGGUGUCCCUGGUGAUUGGGUUGCAUUGAGCCAUUUUCAAAGUCAAAAUGUGUGACUUUUAAAGCCGGUUAGCGACACGAGAAAAUCACUGAAACUGUAGUUCUUUAUUUUAGAAAGUCUUGUCCAAAAACUCUGUUACCAAAGUGUUGUAAAAACAUAGUAACGUAAUGUAGUAAGGCAGGGGUAAAAAAAAAGCAUUUUGGUCAAAAUGACAAAUGUUCUUGUGUUUUUAACCGACAUCAGAGAAGAGAGAGAGAGAGAAAUGCUGUAGGAUUAGGCCUUUUGUUCAGUGUUGCCUUAAAUCUAUUGUAUAACCUGGUCCAGUAUGCGGUGCAUGUACUGUAUUGCACGCGACUCAGUUAAAGGUAACAGCAGGAGAAUCUUAGUCCACUGUUGUUGUGUUUGCGCGAGGCACAGAUUCUUUUCACAUCUUAGUCACGCCGGAACAUCAGCUGCUGCCGGUUGUUUAUAGUCAAUAUAAACACAGACACACACAGACGUCCAGUCCUCUGCUGGUCGCCUACUCCGGAGCCACUCUGCCCACUGACGUUGUUGUGUCUGCAGCAGCAGCAGCAGCCGCCGCCUCAGUGCGUCCGCCCCACCCCGCGUGGGCUUGAGCACGUGAUUGGCUCACGCUGCUCCGUGAGCGGCAGCCUCAGGUCAGGGCAAGUGGGUUCUCUCAGCUUCAUCACUGAGGAGUCGAGGAGCAGUUGCUGGGCAGGAUGUCUCCACAGUGAGGCAGAGGUUUAGGCUUAGAGCUCCCUCUGCUGGAUGCUUUGUGUUGUGCGUCUCUUUUCCUUUACUUUUGUUUCCCCCCACCACUCCAGACCUAAAGUUGACAAAUUUUUGUCAUCAUCACACAGGUAUUUUAUCAUCUCUUUCUGAUACAAGCUAAUGUGAAUAUUUUAACACUACAACCAGGCACUGAUUUUUUUCUCUCUCUCCAUACAUUAUCAACCUGUUUUUGUUUGGAAAAUUGAGAUAUUCUUAAAUAUAUAGAAAAGAUAAAUAGACACAUCAGUCUGUAAUAUGGUGGAUAUUGGGUGUUUUUAGCACAAUUGCAACAGUUAUUUCAGGUUUUAAAAAUGCCAAAUUAUAUGUUUUGUCAUUUUAUUUAAUUUUCCACAACUUAAGCAUUACAUCUAAAGCCUGCGCAUAAAUCUUUAUUAGGUAACAAACAAAAAAUAGCUUCUGUCCUGACCGGUGUCUUGUUGCUAUGGUCUAAGUUACUUGGUCGACACUCACUCCUUUACAGUGUUUUGUCAAAAUUGUCCAAAGUUUUCCAUGCACUAUUUUCCUAACAUUGUGACCAUGAUUUGAACACAACACAAAGUUUGUAUAUAGGAAAUUAAAGCGACAGAUGUUUGUAGAAUACUCUGCACAGUCACAACGAAUGAAUGGUUUAAACUCAAAUAACAAAAACAAAUCUUAUUGAUUGAAGUCUUUGUUGAAACAACGGAAAUCUGUCUUUCAAACGAAACGAACUUACCUGAAGUGCCAAAAGACUCUUAUCUGCUUAUUGUAGGAGUUUAUAAUAAGCUGAUUUUAUUGUUUUUGUCUUCUACUGUAAACCUGUCACUGCUUUCCUGUGUUUUGUGUUUUUCCCCUGUUAGGACUGAACUUUACAUUCACUACAUGAAGAGCUGAUGUUACCUGGCAGCUGUUGCUGUUAUCAGACAAAAAUGUAGUAGCACACCGAUUUGUUACAGGCAAGUUUAUGAGACAAUUUAAGAUUGAAUAAAGCUUUUAAAUAUAAAAAAAG